AUGAUUUCUAAACCACAAGCACCAUUGAGGUCAUCUAAUCGUCCAAAGAAACCAAUUGUAUCCAUCCCAUUUCACAUAGACAGCAGUAGUGAUGAAGAGGAUAUCUAUCGACCAAUUGUUAGAAAGCAAGUCCAACAAAAGCAAUCCAUAGUCCAAGAGAGCAGCAAUGAAAGCGAGGAGGACGAAGAAUUUCAGCCCAUGAUUAGAAGGCAGCCUUCAAAGGGUCACAGCAGUAAUGAAGGAAGCCAAUAUGAGCAAGACAAGCGCUCGCCUGCCAAGACAAUGAAGCCUGUGAUUGCAAAGCAACCACACAAGGUUCGAGAAAGCAGUGAUGAAAGUGAUCCAGAGGAAGACCAUGACGAAUUCCACCCUGUCAAAAAGCCAGCAGCUAGAGCAAACGAUAGAAAACGCACAAUGGCAUCUGUCAGUAGUGAGGAAUCAGAUUACAGUGAUAGCGAAAGCGACGAUGCUGAAGAGGAGGAUCGCAAGCAUGUAGUCAAGAAAUCAAGGAUAGCUUUGAAAAGCAUCUCCAGCAACACAGUCAAAUCAUAUAUUGUUACAAAAUUCUCUCCAUUACCAAACAGCCGUAUCAAAAAGAACCAUGAUGCUCGAUCCAUUCUGAGCAAAAAGUUCAAGGUGCCUACCAUGGUGGCUCCCAACGGAAGCGCUGCGGCGACAACAACCAAAGACGGCAAGCCAUUGAAAGUUAGUGGAAAAAAGGUAUCCGCAUUGCCUACUUUUAUGCCACCUACCAGCAGCGAGUUUGGAGAGAAAAAGACAUUGGGAAUUCGACGCAGAACGGGGCACAUGUUGAGAGCACUCUACGAUCACACAGCUGAAGGUGCCAUUGUGCUCUGGGAUCCUGAUAAUCAACCUGUGCAAGAAGAGAUCAAGAUUACUACGGAUAAACCAAAGAAGGGCAAAUCGUUAGCAGAAAUCUUGGGUUUGAAGCAGGAAAAGAGAAAGCUGGUGCAUGUCGUCGUUGAUCCAGCAUUGACAAGAGUCUUGAGACCACAUCAGAUAGAAGGCGUCAAGUUUUUGUAUCAAUGUACUACGGGCAAAGUGUAUCCUGAAGCGUAUGGCUGCAUCAUGGCAGACGAAAUGGGUCUUGGAAAAACAUUACAGUGCAUUGCUUUGGUGUGGACACUUCUCCAGCAGUCUGAAGAGGCCGGCAAGUCGACUAUUCACAAAGCCAUCAUUACAUGCCCUUCGAGUUUGGUCAAGAAUUGGGCAAAUGAAUUUGUAAAAUGGCUGGGUGCAACUCGAGUUCAGCCUCUGACUGUGGACGUGGGCAACAGCAAGGAAAAGAUCACAGCCGUCAAGCGAUGGGGAGCCAACCAAGGCAAGAACUCAAUCCUCAUCAUUUCUUACGAGAGUUUGCGAGCCUAUACCAAGUACUUGAAAAAAACGUCGAUUGGCGUCUUGUUGUGUGAUGAAGGCCAUCGUUUGAAGAACCGAGAGUCCAAAUUGUUCCAAGAGUUGAAUAGUCUGAAUGUCACUCGACGAGUUAUCCUCUCUGGCACACCCAUUCAGAAUGAUCUGAGUGAAUACUACGCAUUGCUUGAUUUUGCCAAUCCUGGCCUUCUCGGUACACCCAAUGAAUUCAGAAGAAACUAUGAAAAUCCCAUCUUGAGAGGUCGUGAUGCCGAUGCUACUGAAAAGGAGAGAGCCGUUAGUGAUGAAAAGGUGGCUGAAUUCUGGAAUAUUGUCUCCAAAUUCACCAUUCGAAGAACCAACGACAUUUUGACGAAAUACUUGCCCGUCAAGUAUGAGCAUGUUGUGUUCUGUAAAUUAGCGCCCUUGCAAGAAUCGCUGUACAAUGUAUUCCUGGAAUCACCUGAAAUGAAAUCACUGAUGCGUGACGGAGGAUGUCAAGCAUUGAAGAACAUCACACUCUUGAAAAAGCUCUGUAAUCAUCCUAACCUCCUGAACCUGCCCGAAGACUUGCAAGGCUGUCAGUCUGUGUUGCCCGCCAACUACGUUACUCAAGGCAAGGUAGAUGCUUCAUUGUCUGGUAAAUUCACCGUGUUGGCUCGCAUGCUUGCAAGAAUCAAGAAGGAUACCAAAGACAAGAUUGUGCUCAUCAGCAACUACACGCAAACAUUGGACCUGUUUGAAACCUUCUGCCAGCAAAAUCAGUACGGCGUGCUUCGUCUGGACGGCACCAUGACCAUCAACAAGCGACAAAAGCUGGUAGAUCAGUUCAACGAUCCUGAGGGCGAAGAGUUUGUAUUUUUAUUGAGUAGUAAAGCAGGUGGAUGUGGUUUGAACUUGAUUGGUGCCAAUCGCCUGGUGCUGUUUGACCCCGAUUGGAACCCUGCUGCUGAUCAGCAAGCGUUGGCUCGUGUGUGGAGAGAUGGCCAAAAGAAGGAUUGCUUCAUCUAUCGAUUCAUUGCUUCAGGCACGAUUGAGGAAAAGAUCUUUCAGCGUCAAUCUCACAAGCAAUCACUAUCAAACUGUGUUGUGGAUGAAGCGACAGAUAUGGAGCGACAUUUCUCAGUGGCUGACAUGCGUCGAUUGUUUACACUGCACACCAAGAGCGAGAGCGAGACACAUGAUACCUUCAAGUGCAAGCGCUGUAUUCUUGGUAAGCAGCAUACGCCUGCCGAGAGCAUGAAUUAUGGUGAUUCUAGCACGUGGAACCAUUAUGAUAAAGAGCUGAUCAAACUUCCAGACCCCAUCUUGGUAUCAGAGGCACAAAAGGGAAUUGUUUCCUAUGUAUUCCAGUUCAUUUCACAUCUCAAGUAG